AUGACGUCAACGUCUCCCCUCGCAACACUUAUUGGCCUGCGCGCAACCACCGCCCCAGUCCCCUCCCUCGCCUCCACGUUCCUGAUCAGCAACUUCAUCUACGCGUACGCGAUCCUGUCAACGCGGUUCAUCAAACGACGGUAUAAGCUCGAUCAUAACAGCAGUCCUAGGGAAGACGUUGUAAAGUACGGAGAGGCAAUGGUUAGAGAGGGGAAGUUGAGCGCGGAGCAGUUGGCGAUGGUGAAGAGGUGGGAGGGCGCGCACGCUAAUGCCGUGGAGGGGUAUACGUUUUUUGCGCUGGGGUGGUGA